AUGGUGGAAAGCGCGAGCGGGGUGCCGGAGGGCGGGGGGCUGAGCCCGGGGGUACCGGAGGGCGGCGGAGUGGCCCCAGGGGUGCAGGAGGAGGGGGGCUUCUCCCAGGGCGUGCAGGAGGCGGGGCUGGGGGCGCUGCCCCGCGGCCAGGAGCUGGUGGCGGCGGGCGGCGGGGGGCCGGGGCGCGGAGGGGGGCAGGGCCGGUGGCACUGGGUGCCGCUGGGGGAGCGGACGGGCUUGCAGGAGUGGGGCGAGCGGCCCGCGCUGGUCACCGCAGCCGGUGGCGGCCCUAAGCCGGGCGCGGAGCCGCGGCGGCCCCGGGAGCGGGGGACGGCCCGGGCGCGGCGGCGGGCGCGGGGCGCGGAGGAAGCGGCGGCGGGGGAAGAGGGGGGCAGCCCCGGCGUGCAGCCGCCGCGGAGAGCGCGGUGCGCGGUGCGGGGCGUGCAGGAGCACGGGCCAAAAGCCGGGCAGGAGCAGGGCCUGAGCCGGCGGGCGCAACAGGAGCGGGGCGGGGGGCGGCGGGAGGCGAGCCCCCCAGGCCGGACCCGCUGGUGGGUGCGGCGGGGCCGGCAGGAGGAAGGGGAGGCCAGGGGCGGGGUGCAGGAAGAGGGCGAGUUCUACUCGGGGGAGCAGGAGCACCCCGGCGGCACCCCCGGCACACGGAACCCCGCACACCGCCCGAGCCGCAGGCGGGCCGCCCGGACCGGGCUGCUGCCGGCGUCGAUCUGCGCACCACGGCCCGACAGGCGGGCGGCCGCAUCCUGCCUGGCAUGCGGGCUGCCCGGAGAGCGGCCGUGCCUGUCCUCUGCCUGCGGUGACGCUGUGGACCCGGCGCAGGAUGCGGUGGCAGUGGCGGUGAGCACAGAGCCACUGCUGCAGGCAGGGGCUCAGUGUGGGAGGUUAGGAUCAGGCUAUGGGGCUGAGCUCUGGGAGCCCAGAGAUGGCAGCGAGGGGGAACCGGGCACCCCGGCCUCCACGGCCACCACCACCACAGGGGUCACCAGGCCUCUGUGCCGGCCCCCCAGGAACUCCUGCUUGCCGGAGCCAGGCGAGCAAGCAGCAUCGGGUACCAGCACCGAGGGAGCCAAAGCACCCACCGGCCGCCAGGCUGGGGAGUGUGUCACCACAAUUUGGGGCCGCCCCCGGGGCCCCGCCAGGGCUGAGCCAGCCCCGGGUGCUGCUGCGGCCGCCUUGCUGCCGCCACAGCCGGUGAGAUCACUUCCAGGUGACAGAGCUGGCAGGAAGGUGACAGAGCUGGCAGGAAGGUGGCAGGCUGUGGUGGCAGCAAGCGGGGUGAUGUGCUGGAGCAUCGCUGUGGCCGGGCAGGCUGGCGAGGGUUUGGGGACGGCUGGGGCGGGAGGGAAGGUGUCACGGCACGUGCGUCAGUCACAGCCGUGGCGUGCCAGCGCGGUGACGCCGGCGGCCCUGCAUGGGGGUGGCUCGCUGCUCCCACGCCGCGGGCCCGGCCCGGCCCGCCUGGGCUGCACCGCUGAGCUCACCGCCCUGGUUCCCAGCGGGGUGCCUUCUCACCCACCCAGCUUGCCGCGGAUCCCCGGCUGCUGA